AUGACGAUCCUGUUUGCACUCGUGGCGCGUGGAACGGUGGUGCUUGCGGAGUUCAGCGCAACGUCUACGAACGCGAGCGCGAUCGCGAAACAGAUCUUGGAGAAGGUCCCUGGGAACAACGACAGUAACGUCUCCUAUUCUCAGGAUCGCUACGUCUUCCACGUUAAACGCACCGAUGGUCUCACCGUUCUCUGUAUGGCCGAAGAAACCGCCGGAAGGAGAAUUCCUUUUGCCUUUCUUGAGGAUAUUCAUCAAAGAUUCGUACGGAGUUAUGGCAGAGCAGUUCAUACAGCACAAGCUUAUGCAAUGAACGAGGAAUUCUCAAGAGUUCUUAGUCAGCAGAUUGAGUAUUACUCUAAUGAUCCUAAUGCUGAUAGGAUUAAUAGGAUUAAGGGUGAAAUGAGUCAGGUGAGGGAUGUUAUGAUAGAGAACAUUGACAAAGUUCUAGAUAGAGGUGAACGCCUUGAGCUUCUUGUCGAUAAAACCGCCAAUAUGCAAGGGAAUACUAUCCGCUUCAGAAAGCAAARACGACGUUUCAGAAACACCGUGUGGUGGAGAAAUUGCAAGCUCACGUUCCUCUUAAUAUUUAUACUACUGGUGAUCAUAUACAUAGCCGUGGCCUUUCUGUGCCACGGACCUACUCUACCAUCUUGCAUUUAA